GGAGCGGUCCCGCGGCCAGCGCCUUUGAGCGGGAGAAGGAGCCCCGAUUUCCCGGGAAGCCGGGCCCCCGCUGAGGAUCCCUCCUCCUCCUUCGGCAGACGUUCCGUCUCCAGAGAGGCGGCGAAGCAGGCCAGGAUGGACCUGGAUGGGCCGGACGCCGCCCGCCAGGACGCAGAGCUGGAGCAUGGCCGCUACCUGAGCCGCCGGGCCGUGGCCCAGGAGCAGCUGGCGCAAAUAAAGGAGCACAAGGAUCAAGCAGAUCUGGCCAGGCUGGAAACCAGAAGAGAAGGGGAACGAAUACAGCGAUCGAGCCAAUUAUACCAGCUGGAAAUUCAGAGAGAAAAAGAAAAGGAACAGGAGAAAAAAGCUGAAUUCCAGAGACAGCAUCAUGAAUAUGUAGCUGAACAAAAAAUAUUUAAAGCUGAAGAGAAAGAAAAGGAAGACAAAGAUGAUGAUCGCAUUAAGGCUUAUAUUAAAGGAAAAGAAAUGAUGGCUGAUCUGGCAAGAGAAAAAUAUGCAGAGACUGACAGGAUGAUACAGAAGCAUAAGGACAAAGCUUUUGAACAAUUAAGUGCACAGAUGAAUGAGACGUUUAAGAUUGAAGAUGAUCGUCUUGCUAGAGGAGCUGCAGAGGUAGAAGUUGAAUACCAAAUGCAAAAUAAAGAGAAAGAAAUUAAAAAAAAGGCUGCUAUUGAAUCUAUUGAAGAACACAGAGUCAGUGUGAUGAAGCUGAAAGAGGAAAAGGAGAGACAGGAGAAAGAAGACGAUGAGAAGGAUCGUAAUCAGUGGAUGACAGAAAAUGGCAUCUACCUGGAAAUGGAAAAAGCUAAGAAACAAAGACAGCGUGAUGCAAACAUGGAAGUACAGAAAAUUCUGCUCCAGCAAAUGGCUGAAAAGCAGGCAAGAAAAGAGCAGGAAAAGCAAGCAGAGUUGGACUACGAUGCUCAGAGAGAGGGUGCUUUUCAUCAGGAUCGAGCAUUUCGGAGAUAAAGACAAAGCAUCUACAAAGGUGUAAGAAGCUAGCCACUCUCUCCUUCCAUGUGCCUGUGAAACCAAUCAGUGCCCAACAGCACAAGCUAACUGUGGAUCAAGUUACAAGACAUGCUGUUUGCUAGAACCUGCCUAUAACUCAAGCUCAAGAAACAAGCGCCUAGCUUGCAACUGUACUGUAGUCUAAUAUUAUUAUGGAACAAAGCAGUAGAUUCUUUUCAGAAAGUGAAGAGGUAACAACCAAAGGUAACCUAUCAGUUCAUAUGUACUGUACUCCUUGAAUAUUGCUGGGCCUCCAGGCUUAAUUCAAACCUUUUGUUUUGACUUGAAAAAUAAAUCUUACUGAGCAAACAAAAUUGAGUACAUCUGUCUACAACAAUAAAAUCCAUGUUGACUGUACCUUUUAUUUGUGACAGUUGUUCUACUUACUUUUACUUUGGAGGAUGCAAUGGAAGGUAGAAAUAUUAUCUUGAGAAGUUGUGGCAUUGGCUGAGUCUUUUAAUCCCUUAUGGGAGAUGUCUGCAACAAGACUGUGUAUCUAGCACCCCAGCUACCCUGGCUGACCACAGGAAAUGGGAAAAACACUCUUCUGUCAUUUCCUAAGCACUCUGCUGCCAACCAGCCAGGCUGUGAUACUGCUGUAAGUGACUUUUUGAUUGAAAAUUGUUCUUUCACUCAAAUUCUAAACUGACUGUAAGCUGUGUUACCACUCCAUUUACAUUCAUAUUGAACAGAUAGUUCUUCUGUAACUAGUGAAAACUAUUCUGCUUCACAUUCAUACACACACACAAAGACUUGCAUUUUUUCAAGUAGAAGACCACAGCUGGCAACAAGCAGAAUUUGCAAUUAAGACACUAGGUCAACUUCAUUACAUGGCUGCAUUUUUAUAUGUUACCAUAUAGUAAUAAUAAACUGUCAUUUGCCAUUCUGUUGUAGAAAUUCUUAAUUGU